AACUAAAUUAAUAUGGCACGAAUGAACCGCCCAGCUCCUGUGGAAAUCACCUACAAGAACAUGAGAUUUCUUAUCACACACAAUCCAACCAAUGCAACCUUAAACAAAUUUAUAGAGGAACUUAAGAAGUAUGGCGUUACCACAGUAGUAAGAGUAUGUGAAGCCACGUAUGACACCGCACCAGUGGAAAAAGAAGGCAUUCAGGUUUUGGAUUGGCCCUUUGAUGAUGGUGCUCCACCAUCCAACCAGAUUGUUGAUGAUUGGCUAAACCUCCUGAAAGUUAAAUUCCGUGAAGAACCUGGUUGUUGUAUUGCUGUACACUGUGUUGCUGGUCUUGGGAGAGCUCCAGUGUUAGUUGCCCUUGCACUGAUUGAAUGUGGAAUGAAGUAUGAAGAUGCAGUGCAGUUUAUAAGGCACGACGUGGAGCCUUUAAUAGCAAGCAACUUCUGUAUUUGGAGAAAUAUCGUCCUAAAAUGCGCCUGCGUUUUAAAGACUCCAAUGGUCACCGAAACAACUGUUGUAUCCAGUAAAGCCAGGCUGCCUUGGAGCUGCUGCUUUGGAGCUAGAGGAUGGAAACUAGAAUUAGGCAAACUACAUGCAGAAAGACAUGUAGGGCUGAUAAAUAGUCUAAAUGAAGCUUCUUUAGGAGUCUUUAUAGGUUAAAAAUAUGGCAGAAAUGCAACUUGUCUGUGUAGGUUAAUAUCCACCUGUUUGGAGAACUAGUAAAUGUUUUGCUGUAUGCUGUCUUUGAAAUGUCUCCUUGGUCAUAAUUUGUAUCAACUGAAUUGUCUUUGAAUCAUGUAGUUGAGUCUUAUUAAUCUAUUUCCCAAUAAUAAAAUCUGUAUUGGUGUGAAGUGUAGAGAGUUUAGGUGCCAAAAAACCCAGCACAAUAGCUAUAUUUUUUUCUCUACAUUACAGUGUGGUUCUUGUGAUGCAUGAACUACAACUAUCUGGACCUUACAUUGUCCUUUUUCCUACAAUCAUUUCAAUAUUGAGGAUAGGGCCUAUAUGGUAAUCUGCUUGCUCUCACUAUAUGUUUGUCUCCCACAAUCACACUAGAAUAUCAGGAUUUGCACAAUCUUUGAUUUUUACUAAGACUUACAAUGACUUUUUUGGUGUCUUUCAGUAACCCUUUCCUUCCAUUAUCUAAACCUCUGCAUUUUACAAAUAAAUCAAUUCUCUGGUUACUCGUGUAGAAAAUAAUUCUUUACAUUGUACAGAAGCACACAGUCUUUAAUGUCUCCUGACAAAAAGCCUUACAUUUUAAAUCGAUCUUGGCACUUCAUGUGCAACUUAACAGAGGGCCUGAAAAGGAUGGGAGGGGCUAUUUAAUAUUUCUAGUAAAAUGUUGCCUUUGUCUUGUGCAGGAAGUAUAGAAUAUGCCCUUUACUUUAGUAAAUAUUUUUUUAAAAUGUAGAAAUGCUUAGUUAUUGUAGCUAAAACAAUUCUUAAUCAUAAAAUUUCUGAAGAUCUUGUAAUUUCUUUUACUGUACCUCUUGAAAGUUGUUUACCAACUAUUGCUUUGUUGAAAGUGUGAUUAUUUUUGUUUUGUUUUUGUUUUUCCCUUGAGUUUCUGCUAUCAACUGGGCAGACCUGUAAUAUUUUGUAUGCCUUUUGAGCUGCGUAACUUAAUAUUUGGAUACUUGAUAAUUUGUUUUAUUAUGUAAUUGAUAAAAUGGUGGUGUGUACUAAUGUUAGUUCAACCAUAUAUUUAUACUGUCUUGGGAAUGUGUGGUUAUAGUUCUGUGGGAGAAAUAAUUUUGCCAGUGUUCACCAGCUUGUAAAAUCUAGUGCGAGAGCUUAAACAUCUAAAUAAAUACUGAAAUGCA